AGCAUUAACCGUUUUACACUUCAACAGGUUGACAUCAGAGAUGGGACGUCCCGAUGAUCUCGUUUAGACUGUAGAGAAGAUAGCAAUAGAGGUGUGAGUGCGUUCUCCUGAAUAUUUUCCUAUUAGAUAAUGUAGGCUAGUCUACAUCCAUAGGCUAUUCUGAUCAAAUGCUGUGAGCGAGGGUCCUUGAAUAGUUUGCGUUGUGUGCUUGACACCGUGGUGUCGAUAUUUUGCUUACACCGGUGUUUCUUAGCCCUAGGGGAUGCAUUGUGCGCAAGGGAAGAAUUUGCGGGCUCUAAUAUCUCACUGCGCGUGGGAAAAAGUGGUGCAGACCAGAGCAGUGUAGGCUACGUAGAACACGAUCGUUGCAGCGCCAUCAUGUUGAAACACAGCAGUCUAAAGUCGCUUUGUGCAUCGGUAAUCCGCUCAAAUGUCACGAUGCAGCAGGAGUUGACCGAUCGGGCCUAAUCCAUGCAAAUUGUUUGAAGGUAUCGAGCAGAGGGACCAGUUGGAUAAAGAUGGUGAAGCGGAAUGUUACACGAUCUACCAGUUCCUAGUCAUGAACAGAGCUGACAUCAUUGAGGUUCUUGAGAGAGCAGACAAGGAAGUGAGAGAAGAGAAGAAGCCCAUUUGAGCAGUAGCAAGGGAUGAAAAAUUAGACUGAAUGACACUGAAGAGAUACAUUGAUAAAAAAGGAAUAUGUACCUGUGUGAAAGAGUAGCAGAUGCUCAUGAGGUCUCAUCUGAUGACAUGGAGUCUGAGCUUGCUAAACAUAUUAACAAUCUCGCGGACCAGUUUCAUGGGCUUAGUAUCCUCAAAUGCAGAGAACUUGCCUACGAGUUGGCACGUUGAAACAACAUCCUUGUCCCAGACAAUUGCUCAAGAAAUGGAAGGGCAGUGCUGUGAGUGGUGUCUCCUAGGAGACGGAAGGACCAUGUUCUAAAGGUAAACAGACCACAGCAGAGUGAUGAGCUACAAGCAGCAGGGGGAGGGGCUAGGUGAUGCUAUCUUGGAGGAGCAUAAGGCUUCACCUGCUUCCAGAAACCGGCAGCCCAAUAGCACAGGGGGAGAAGGAGAAGGGGUCCCUGUCCGGAGAAGUUGGAGACCCUGCCAAAUGCUCGGUCAGGAUGGGCAGGAACAUCACCACCACCAUCAUCCUCCUAUUCCGCACCAAGGCACGGGCCGCGGCCCUGCACGGCACCGUAGACAAACUCCCUCAGGGCAGGGCCCAUCCAGACAGUGGGAGGGAGCAGACAUGGAGCCUCCUCGCCACACCCAGCCGCCUCGCCCUGGCGUGGCCCGCUACCGCCGCCAGGGAGAGCCCAGGGUCAGAGUUCACAGACAGAGACCGCCGCCGAGAGAUGGCCAAGACACCCACGCCCUGCCGUUUCAACAGCAACGGUCAUCUGGCGCUCCCCUGACUGAACAGAGGGACAUGACUGGUCCCGCAACAAUGAAGCAGCAACACCCCCCACACUCCUGUCCACCCCACCACACACAGAACAGUAGAGCACCUGACCUUACUGCUGGUACCUCUCCUACCCCCACACACCACACACCAUGUCCUACUGCCCCUGAUCCCCCUUCCCAAGACCUGCAUCAAACCCUUCCCAACAUAGAGUCUCCCCAACCUCAGGAGGAAGAGGAGGAAGGGUACAGCUCAUCCAUAACGCAGUCUGUUAGUACUCAAAGUGGAUUUGACAACCAGACAGACUUAGAGAACCAGAGGGAGGGGGGCCAUGGAGAGGGGGAGCUAAAAGAGACCGGUCUGGGAGAAGAAGACAGAAGCAAGAGGGAUCUGGUAGAGGAUGAUCAGGAAGAUGGAACUAAUGAGUACUGUUCUGACACUGAGAGUGCUGCCUCACUAAGCAUGGAGGCUCCGCCCCUGAGGUCACCUCCUCACCAAUCACCAUUCUUGCCCCCUCCAGUUCAGUCUGAGAACUCGGACCAAUGUAGUGACGAGUUUAGCCCAAGUCCCACCUAUGAAAAUGACAUAAUGCCUGAUGAUGAUAGCUACACUGAUUCUCCACUGUCCCACCCCAAAUCCUUCACCUUCAGAGACUCGUAUCCUAAGACCUAUGCGGAAUUCUAUAAUGAGUCCUACCCACAGUCAGAAUCUAUCACAGAAUCCAACACAGAGCCCUACGCAAAAUCCUACCCUCAGUCUUUCCCUGCACCCUUGAAAUUGAUUAAUUAUCCAGACAGGAGAUCUGAGGCUGAUCCUGAUGAGCCAUAUUCAGAACCUCACCCAGGGCCCUGCAGUCGUAGACAGAGCGAGCAUGUUUAUAAGCGAGCUACAGACACUGAACCCCAACCCCGUGACUCCUGGCCAGGUAGGGAUGUGGGGUUACCACAGACCAGCCCCCAUUGGCAGGGACGCUCAGUCGGCUCAAGGCUACACCACUACAAUGACACUACGUCUGAUGGGGAGGACGACAGCCUCAAAGAAAGCCCCAGAUCCCAAAGCCUGGGGCCACCUCCCUGGAACGUGCAAGGUGAAGCCCAGUCAGAGCAGCCCAGCUCUGGACAGCCUGGUUCAGGUGAGUUCCAGGAUGAGCAGGCCGGGAUAGAGCUCCGACCUCCAGCGGAAGGCCUUUCAGAGGACAGUGUCACAGGCUCAGGGGAUGCUAUCUCUCUGGCCAUCAGGGACAUCCGAGAGGCCAUAGAGGAGGUGAAGACAAAGACGGUGCGCUCGCCCUACACUCCUGACCAGCCCAUAGAGCCUGUGUGGGUGAUGAGACCGGAGGUCAGUCCUAAUGAGGUCGAAUCCUCCCCAGAGCAGCCACCAGGUGGCGACCCUGUCUCUCAGUCUCCUUCACACUAUAACCCAGCCCCAUCCCGAGUUCCAUCCCGAGUUCCAUCCCCUGUCCAUGUUCCAGUACCAGCUCCAGCCCCAUCCCGAGUUCCAUCCCGAGUUCCGGUGCCAGUCCCAGAGCAUGUCUGUCCUGUGAGGGUAGAGUCCUCCAGAACACACCAGGUUCAGCAGAGGGAGCAUAGAGAACAGAGGGAGCCGCCUAGACCACCAUCCAUUGAGGAGAUCCAGAGGCAUAUGCCGUCCUUCCCUACAUACGUGGAAGUCCCAGGGCCAUGUGACCCAGAGGACCUGAUUGAUGGCAUCAUUUUUGCGGCCAGCUACCUGGGCUCCACCCACCUGCUGUCAGAGAGGACUCCCACUAAGAGUGCCCGCAUGCAGCAGGCCCAGGAGGCUAUGAGCCGUGUCAGGACUGGGGGUGAGAUUCCUUCUUCCACUGAAGUGGAUCUCUUCAUGUCUACACAGAGGAUCAAAGUGCUGAAUGCAGACACUCAGGCGUCCAUGAUGGACCUGCCACUGAGAACCAUCUCCUACAUCGCUGACAUAGGCAACAUGGUGGUGCUGAUGGCCAGGGGGAAGAUGGUACGCUCCAGGAGCGCUCAGGAACAUCUGAACCAUACAACUGACCACACCAACAGCCCUGCCCGUGACGACCUCCCCCAGUACAGGAUGGUCUGCCACGUGUUUGAGUCGGAGGAUGCCCAGCUCAUAGCCCAGUCUAUUGGCCAGGCCUUCAGUGUGGCGUACCAGGAGUUCCUGCGGGCCAAUGGCAUCGACCCAGAGGACCUGAGUCAGAGGGAGUACAGCGACCUGCUCAACACUCAGGACAUGUACAACGAUGACCUCAUCCACUUCUCCAAGUCAGAGAACUGCAGAGAUGUUUACAUAGAGAAGCAGAAGGGAGAGAUGCUGGGCGUGGUCAUAGUGGAGUCAGGCUGGGGCUCUAUUCUGCCCACCGUCAUCAUUGCUAGCAUGAUGCAUUUUGGGCCUGCGGAGAAGUCUGGUCGACUCAACAUUGGUGACCAGAUCAUGACCAUCAAUGGAACCAGUCUGGUUGGACUGCCCCUCUCCACUUGCCAGAGUAUCAUCAAGGGUCUGAAGGCCCAGUCCAAGAUUAAGUUGAACAUCGUCAGGUGUCCCCCCGUCACUAUGGUGCUGAUCCGCAGACCAGACCUCCGAUAUCAGCUGGGCUUCAGCGUACAGAAUGGCAUUAUCUGCAGCCUGAUGAGGGGGGGCAUUGCUGAGAGAGGAGGGGUCCGUGUCGGUCAUCGCAUCAUUGAUAUCAACGGUCAGAGUGUGGUGGCUACACCUCAUGAGAAGAUUGUUCAAGUCCUGUCUAAUGCAGUGGGAGAGAUCCACAUGAAGACGAUGCCUGCAGCCAUGUACCGUCUAUUGACUGCCCAGGAACAGCCAGUCUACAUCUGAGACUUGCUCUCUCUCCCUGGACAAAACUCUCCAUUCCAGUUCACAUCAAGGGGAUUUUACUUCGGUUUUUCUUUAAUUACAUUCAUCAGCCACGCAUUUGAUUUUCACAUCACUGUUUGCUUAAAAUCAAUGUAUUUUCAUGCCACUCCGCACUGAUUUGCCUUAAUCUGAACCUGUUAAACAAGUGCAUCUCUGAAGUAAAACGGCACAGAGUAGUUUACCAGGCAGAUUAAUGAAUUUAAAUAUGCGUAUUGAGGAGAAACAACUUUGGUCUUUCAGGAUCCUAUGAAUGUACUGUAAACUGUCUCCAUGGGGGCAUGGUAACCCAAAUGUGAGCUUUUCAUUGGACCAAAACCACUUCUACAGCCUUGCAUGUAAAAAAAUGUAACUGCGAUGUUGCAGCUGUGCUAUAAUUUGCACCUGGUUGAAUGAACUCUCAGAAACCAUCCUGCCUGAGGCUGCAUUAGAAACAAAACAGUCACCACGACACAAAUGAAAGUUUAAAAUAGAUUUAUUUGAGAAAGUUAACGACUCACUAGUUGAUUUCAGCCGCAUGAGGAGGACCAUGAAUCAAAUAGUAGAUGCAUAUACAGAUGGUUGAUACACCCUGGUGAAACAAGAAUGGCGCAUCUAUACUGUAUAUGCCAUAAAUGUGAUUGUCUCAGGUUGUAUGUAAACUGCCAUGUUUUGUCCAUCACCUCAGAGCCUAGUGCUGACUGCUUCUUUCAGUGGUCUGACACUGCUACACUAUAAAAAGGCACUUUGUAUGCACUGAUCUCUAGUAUUAAAAUACACAAAAAUGACAGAGUACAGUAAAUCAAAGGGUAUGCAAUGAGAGAUUUACCCACCACUCACUAACAGGCCAGCUGGAGACAGAGUACCCCCAUGUCUGUCCAGAUGUGUUACAUUGAAAUAAACAAGAUUUAAAACAUGUAAAAAGAUCAUAUAUAUACAUACACGGUUAUAAAAAGUGUAUUCGAACCCUAUUGGUUUGGAUAAAUAUGACUGCGGGGUUGGGAGGUUAAAAGGCAUAUACGCCAUCCCGCACAGUGAGGCAAACAGUCAAUGUCAGGACACACCUGAAUGGGAUAUAUCGUCCUGCCACUAGGUGGGGCCACAGGACAGGGUGUUCGAGUAACCACAGUGAGAACAAUAAGGUGGAUCUGUCUGUCCUACAUCUCAGUGUCUUUGUACUUCUGGGGGUUGCUGUAGUAGCCUCGUCUGGUCUGGUUGGCCAGCUGUCUGCGGUACUCUUCUUCAUCGUCGUCGUGACCCCUGCUCUCAGAGUACGGUGGCCUGGAGGACGGGGUCUGGGGUUCUGGGUAGGAGCUGGAGCUGGACACACAGGAGAGCGGGAGAGACAUUUUUGUUCAUUCAGAUUGUUUGGCAUUGAGUCUGUAAAAAAAAAAAAAAGGUAUUGAACCCAACCUGACAGGCAGUGGAAAGUUAAGUAAAAAUGCUAAUUUGUGUGGUGAUCGACAAGGUUAAAAAGACGAACUUACCCUAUUGGCUGUGGGCGGUUGUGGUUGGGCUUUGGUAGUUUCACUGGGACUGCAUAGAUGUCUGGGUGCUUCUGGGCUAUUUCCAACUACAGUCAAGAGAGCAGGAGGAGUUUGACAGUUGUGUCAACGCACAUGCUGUACAUUAAACAUAAAGCAACAUACAGUUGAAGUUGGAAGUUUACAUACACCUUAGCCAAAUACAUUUAAACUCAGUUUUAGAUUACCACUUAAUUUUGAUGUGAAAAGUCAGAAAAAAAUAGAGAGAAUUAUUUAUUUCAUCACAUUCCCAGUGGGUCAGAAGUUUAUAUACUAAAUUAUUUGGUAGCAUUGCCUUUAAAUAGUUUUAAUGACUCCAACCUAAGUGUAUGUAAACUUCUGAUUUCAACUGCAUGCACUUGAAUAUACCUUUUGGUACUUGAAAUCAAACAUUUAAUCAGAAUAUAUGAAAUGAUCACUUUCCCGUAUAGAUCCAUUUGGUUCUUUUAUGGGCAUUACAUCUUACUGCUAGGGGCGUUAGUGUCUGUUUUCCACCAGUAGUACUGACCCGUGCUUGCUCGGCCUCCUGGAGCUCCAGCAUCCUCUGGGCUCUGGCCAGGUGGUCCAUCUU